AUGGCAUCCUCUAAUCUGAGAGAUGAGCUCAACUGCUCGAUUUGUCUGAACAUUUAUAAUGAACCCGUAACGAUUCCGUGUGGGCAUCACUUCUGCCAGCAAUGCAUUGAGAGUGUGCUGGAUGCCCAGAAGGGACAUGGAGUCUUUACUUGUCCAGAAUGCAGAGCCGAGUUUCCCGAGCGUCCAGCCUUGCAGAGUAGCAGGAAACUGAGAAACAUCGCAGAGCAAUUUCUAUUGACUCCAGUAGAGGAGGAGACUGGGAUCUUCUGUACUUACUGCAUUCACUCUGCUAUACCUGCUGUGAAAACAUGUCUGCAUUGUGAGGCAUCUCUUUGUGUCAACCAUAUGAGGGUGCACAGCAAGUCUGAAGAGCAUGUCUUAAUGGAACCCACCAGUUCCCUGGGAUAUAGAAAAUGCUCCAUCCACAAAAAGGUUCUGGAAUAUUACUGUUCUGAGCAUGCUGUCUGUAUUUGUGUGUCCUGCUGCUUGGCUGGAGAGCAUAGAGGACACGAGGUGAUGCUCCUGGCUGAUGGGGUUAAGCAGAAGAAAGAGAAACUGAGAAAUGUUCUAGGGAAUCUUAACCCACAGAUGGAAUUUACUGAGAAAGAAAUGCAGUUUCUUCAAGAUCACAAGAGAAAAAUACAAGAUAAAGCAGCCAAAGAAACGGAGAGCGCUACCGCCAUAUUCAAGGACAUCAGAGACCAGCUGGAAACCCUAGAGAAGCAAGUCUUGAGCAAGAUCAUCAAGGAACAAGAGCAAGUAUUGUUCAAAGUCUCUGAACUAAUCCAACAACUGGAAAUAAGGAGGGACAAGUUAACUAAGAAGAUUGGGCACAUUGAGGAGCUCUGCAACAUGGAUGAUCCUCUUACUGUCUUGUGUGAUGAAGAGAAUGGAGAUAGUGUGGAUAUAAAUGCUGGCUUUUAUAUGUUCCAUUCUGCAGAGGUUCUUAAAAAGGACCUCUUCUCAGAGACAUUUUUCACAGGCUUAUCUGGAAUAGUGACAGAGCUGAACAAAAAGAUUUAUGGGCAGGAGGCUACAGGCAUGUUGUUGGAUAUAAAUACAGCUGGUGAAUAUAUGUCUGUAUCAGUAGACAAGAAAUUUGCAACCUGGUCAGACUCAACUCGUGGCUACCCACAAACACCACAGAGAUUUGAGAACAAUCAGGUUUUAAGCUCCUUCAGUUUUAAUUCAGGGAGACAUUACUGGGAUGUUGAAGGCCCUAUAUCAAGGGGUUGGGGAAUUGGUGUUGCCUACCCAAGUAUAACUAGAAUGGGUCACCAAUCUAAGUUUGGGUAUAAUAGCAAAUCAUGGUCUUUGUGUGGAGUAAAUAAUUCCUACACCGUAAGACAUGAUAGUGGCAGAAUACGUUUGCCCCAUUAUCCCUCCUGUGACCGAAUUCGAGUCUCACUGGACUACGAGGAAGGGCGUCUGUCAUUCUAUGAAUUGAGCAACCCGAUAAAACGCUUACACACAUUCAAGGCUACCUUCACCGAACCUCUUCAUGCGGCAUUUUGGGUGGGUAGAGCUGAUGGCAGUGUGUGGAUUAAAUGCUAA